CAGUCAGGGGGGAAGAGUCUGCCUCCAUAACUCACAGAAGCAAGCAUAGAACCAAGAUGUACUCCCGCCUCUCUCCUGACAACCUCUGGAUCCCGCUGCUCGGCCUCCCACUCCUCCUGCUCCCUGCAGCGCUCGCUGCAAAAUGCCCGCAACAGUGCGUGUGCGACCAGAUCCAGCUCACCGUGACGUGCGUCAACAAGAACCUGACCCAAGUUCCUUCGACAGUGGACGAGAUCACAGUCAAAUUAGAUCUUCAUGGGAACGACAUCCAGGAACUCCCCACUGGAGCUUUCAGACACACACCUUACCUGACUCACCUGUCGCUGCAGCGCUGUAACAUCCGCAGGGUGAAGGAAGGCGCCUUUCGAGGUCUCGGCCGCCUGGUUUUUCUCAACCUCGCAAACAACGACGUUGACAUUCUCUACCAGGAGUCCUUUGAUGGUCUGUCCUCGCUGAAGCAGCUCAUGAUCGACCGGAACCGCGUGGAGGAGAUCCAGCCCGGAGCUUUCUCUCAGCUCGGCUUCCUCAACCUGCUCUCGCUUUCACACAACCAGCUGGUCUACAUCCCCAACAUGGCCUUCCAGGGUCUGCAGAACAUCAAGUGGCUUCGUCUAAGUCACAACUCUCUGAACUAUCUGGACACGGAGGCCUUUGCGGGUCUUUUCACACUCAACCGUCUCAGUCUGGACCACAAUGAACUGCAGUUUUUCCCCACGGAGACAAUGACCAGAUUACCUCAAGUGACCCGUGUGGAUCUGGGUUACAACCCCAUGACUUACCUGGGUGAGGAGUCAGUGUCCAUGGUCAAGCUAACCCACCUUUUCCUGGACCACAUGUCCCUGCAGGACCUGGCCAACACAGCUGUAUCCAAGUCUCCCAGCCUGACCCACUUGGACCUCAGCCACAACCAGCUACGUGUCAUCCAACCCUUCACCGAGGGCACCCCUAAACUGGCACGGAUCCACCUGGCUGGGAACCCCGUCUACUGCAACUGCUACAUGCGGCCGCUCAGGGAAUGGGCUAUCAGCCGGAAGGUGAAGUUGAUUGGCACAUGUGCAGGACCCUCACAUCUCUCUGGAGAGAACCUGGAGGCUGUCUACCCACAGGAGAUGCGCUGUCAGAGCCAGGAGGCCAUGCUGAAGGUGGAGUUUGAGGAGGCAAAUAGACGGGCACCACCGCCUACAGAGGAGCCGGAGAAAAAGGUCAAGUGUCCUGCUAACUGCGUCUGUGACGCGGAGAACCAUCACUCGUCCUGUGAGAACCGCGCCCACACCAAAGUUCCCCGCGGUUUCUCUGCCAACACGCGGCUCCUUGACCUGCGUGGCAACAACUUCCACUACAUCCCUAGUAACAGCUUCCCUGGCGUGGCCCAGGUGGUGUCCUUGCACCUGCAGCGCUGCAAGGUCGUGGAUGUUGAGAAUGGCGCUUUCAGCGGCAUGAAGGGCCUCAUCUACUUGUACCUCUCUGAGAAUAACAUCUCAUCCCUAAACCCUGAAGCCUUUAAAGGCCUCCCUCAGCUGACUUACCUGCACUUGGAGAAGAAUAGCUUCAGCAUCUUCCCUAAAGGGGCCUUCAAACUGCUCCCGGGGCUUCUCACGCUCCAUUUGGAGAAUAACUCCAUUGCCAAGCUAGAGGCAAACAUCCUGAGCGGCGCGGAGGGCCUCAGGUCUCUCUAUCUUAACGGAAACGCAAUCGACCACGUGUCUCCUAAGGCUCUGGAGCAGGCCAGCCAUCUGGACACGCUCCACCUGGCAGGGAACAAGCUGAAAGAGGUGCCUACUGAAGCCCUGAGCAACGCCAGGAACCUGAAGGACCUGAGGCUGUCAAGAAACGCCAUUCGAUGGGUGGGACCAAACGCUUUCCAGCCUUUGGCGAGCUCGCUGAGGGAGCUUUAUUUGGAUAAUAUGGGGCUGGAGAAGAUGUCACAGAGCUCCCUGGCAGGCUUGGCUUUGAGGAGUCUCUUCCUGGAGGGCAACCAGCUAGAGCAGGUACCUGACCUCCACCCGAUCACUUCUUUGGAAGUCAUCAACCUGGCGGACAAUCCUCUGAUGUGUGACUGCCCUCUGCUGCCACUGCGUCUCUGGAUUGAAAAAGUAAACCUGAAGGUACGAGCCACCUGUGCCAACCCACCUGAGCUAACGGGCCGCAGAGUCCAAGACGUCCACGUUUUCAAGGCAUGUCCAGGAGGUGACGUUCUCCCUUCUCCUCCCAGCAUCGCCCCAAAGCGAGCCAAGGCACCCAAAUUUACCAAACCUAAGCCGACACCCCUCAGCACCUUUAAGCGGGGCAAGAUGCUCAAAUCCAAAACCAACCUUGGCAAGAACCCAAGACUUAAAGCUGGAAAGAAAACCAAGAGACGCAGCCUGGUGUGAAC